AUGUCUCUCUCCGGAAAAGUCGCCAUAAUCACCGGCUCCUCUAACGGAAUCGGCAAAGCAGCAGCCCUCCGACUAGCCAGCGAAGGCGCAAACCUAGUAAUAAACUAUCGCUCCGACGCAAAAGCAGCCAACGAUGUCGUCAAUCAAAUCGGGCCCGACCGUGCCCUAGCCAUCCAAGCGGAUGCAUCAAAGCUCCCAGAUCUAGAUCGUCUAGUGAGCGAGACACUUGCCCGUUUCGGCAAAAUAGACAUCCUCAUCCUAAACGCUGGACAACUCCCAAUGAAGGAUCUCGAAAAUACUACAGAAGAAGACUUCGACUCUAGCUAUAAUCUUAUGGUUAAGGGCCCGUAUUUCCUAGCUCAGAAAGCUUCAAAACACAUGCAACCUGGAAGUCGUAUCAUUUUCGUUUCUACAACCGUCACUGCGUUUUCCAGCGUCGCACCUUCAUAUCUUCUCUAUGCUUCUGCGAAGGGCGCUGUUGAGCAGAUGGCUCGUGUUGCGGCGAAAGAUCUAGGUCGAAAGGGUAUUCUGGUGAAUACUGUUGCGCCGGGACCGACUAUGACGGAUCUUUUUACGGAGGGCAAGUCUGAGCAGUUGAUUAAGACGCUGGCUGCGGCUAAUCCGUUGAAUCGGAUUGGGGAGGCGGAUGAGAUUGCGGCUGUUAUGGCUUUCUUGUCUGGGAAGGAUAGUAGUUGGAUGACUGGGCAGAUUUUGAGGGUUAAUGGUGGGAUGGCAUAG